UGGCUCUUCGGGGCCCGGGGAGCCGCUGCCGGGGGGUCUGAGGCCGGCGCAGGAGCGGAGCGGCGGGGGCAGAGCAUGUGGGGGCCGCCGGCCGGCCAGCGCCCCCGGGAGUGAGCGCCAGGUCCGUGUGCUGAGUGUGGUGCCCCCCGUCCCUUAGGAUGAGUAACUGCAGCAGCCGCGCGCUGACGCUGCUCAGUAGCGUGUUCGGGGCCUGUGGGCUGCUGCUGGUGGGCAUCGCCGUCAGCACCGACUACUGGCUUUACAUGGAGGAGGGCAUCGUGCUGCAGCAGAACCAGACCACCGAGAUCAAGAUGGCGCUGCACGCCGGGCUCUGGAGGGUCUGCUUCUUCGCCGGCCGGGAGAAGGGCCGGUGCGUGGCAUCAGAGUAUUUCCUGGAACCCGAGAUAAACCUGGUGACGGAAAACACGGAGAACAUCUUGAAGACAGUUCGCACGGCCACCCCCUUCCCCAUGGUCAGCCUCUUCCUUGUCUUCACGGCCUUCGUCAUCAGCAACAUCGGCCACAUCCGGCCGCAGAGAACCAUCCUGGCCUUCGUGUCCGGCAUCUUCUUCAUCCUCUCUGGCCUGUCUCUCGUGGUGGGGUUAGUUCUCUACAUCUCCAGCAUCAACGACGAGGUGAUGAAUCGGCCCAGCGGGUCGGAGCAGUAUUUCCACUAUCGCUACGGCUGGUCCUUCGCCUUCGCAGCCUCCUCCUUCCUCCUCAAAGAGGGCGCCGGCGUGAUGUCCGUGUACCUGUUCACCAAGCGCUACGCGGAGGAGGAGAUGUACCGUCCCCACCCGGCCUUCUACCGCCCACGCCUGAGCGACUGCUCCGACUACUCGGGCCAGUUCCUGCACCCGGAGGUGUGGCACCGCGGGCGCAGCCCCUCCGACAUUUCCAGCGACGUCUCCAUCCAGAUGACCCAGAAUUACCCCCCCGCUAUCAAGUACCCCGAGCACAUGCACAUAUCCACCUCGCCCUGCUAGGCCAGCCCCCCUGACCAUCCCCCACCGGGGCCUGCCAGCCGCCCCCCAUCCCAGAGACUGUGCGGAGUGGGGCCCACCCGUGGAUCACAGAUGGGGUGCUACUGGACUGAAACCCCUCCUUGUCCCCCCUUUUUCGCUCCCUCACUGUCCCCAGAAGCCUCCCCAAUUUGGCCAUUUUGGCAGGAUUUGUGACAGGAAGUCACCCCAUCAGCCUUUUGAUAGCUAUGGGAGCUUGGCGGGAUUCCUGACAGGAAGUCACCCUGUUGGCCAUUUUGAUAGCUAUGGGAAGGUGGUGGGAUUCCCAGGAGGAAGUCACCCUGUCGGCCAUUUUGGUAGCUGUGGGAACUUGGCAAUAUUGCCGACAGGAAGUCACCUGUUGGCCAUUUUGGCUGCCAUGGGCAGGUGCUGGGAUUCCCAACAGGAAGCCACCUGUCAGCCAUUUUGUUUGUCACCAUUGGGCCAGCCCCAGAUACUUUUUUUGUCCCCACAGGGGCCAAUUCCUAACAGGAAGUGACCCCCUCCCUGCUCCAAUCUCUUCCUCCCAGAUCCUGACAAGAAGUGGCUCCUCUGCCAUCUUUUUUGCCCCAUAAUGGCCAACCCCGGUUAGGAAACUGCCCAUCUGCCAUUCUGGUUAUCAUUGCACCAGCUCCCCUUGGUAUGGAUCCUGAGAAGAAAUGUCUCCUAAUGCCAUUUUCCUCAGUUCCAGAAUGGCCAACCCUGACAGGAAGUCACUCAUCAGCCAUUUUCCUUGUUGCCAUGCCAGUCCCUUCCCCUGCAGAUCAUGAGAGGGAAUAGUUUCUCCGCCAUCUUUGCUCCCCCACAAUGGCCAACCCUGACAGGAAGUCACUCGUCAGCCAUUUUCCUUGUUGCCAUGCCAGUCCCUUCCCCCGCAGAUCAUGAGAGGAAAUGGUUUCUCUGCCAUCUUUGCUGCCCCACAAUGGCCAACCCUGACAGGAAGUCAUUUGACAGCCAUUUUCCGUGUUGCUGCACUGGUCCCCCUCCCCCAUCCAGAGAGGAAAUGGCUCCUCCGCCAUCUUUGUUGUUUUCCAAAUGAACCAGAUGGGGAAACGGCGUCAGCAAAUGGGGACACAGAGAAGGGCCCAGGCCACUUUCUUCCCUCGGAAGCAACCUAACCCAGAGAGAUGACUCAAGGGGAGCUGGAAAUAUAGACACCAACGUCUGUCUGGCCAAAGCAACAGCGGCAGCUGGCUGCCAACACCUCGCCCUCAGAGACCCGCUCCCCCCUUGACUGCCAGAUGGGGGCCCCGUCUCUUUGUCUUCCCUCCACCGAAGAAUGCUCGAAAAAGCCCUUUUCUUAGCAAGCGUGGGCACGACCGCCCAUGCAUUAGCAAGGCCCAGCAGCGGCCAUUGUUAACCCAGCUUGAGGCCAGCUGCCCCCAUGCUCUGCUUUGCUCUUUCUUUCUAUUUGCUGUCUUCUUCCAUUCUUCCUGUCUCGCCACCUUUUUUCUUUUCCAUUUCCCGGCUCUUUCCUUCUUCCUUUCGCUGCACUCUUUCCCUUGUUCCUUUUCUCGUUCGUUGCCAUUUGCAAGUUUUCUUCGAUUCCCUCCUCUCUCUGCACUCUUUCAUUCGUUCCUUCUUCUGUUAAUUUCUCUGCACUUCUUCUCCAUUGAUUUUCUUUGUAUGUCCAUUUACAGGUUCCUUUCCCCUCCAUUUUGUUUUCCUCUUCUUUACCCUCUUUUGUUCUUUCUCUAUUAGUUCCCUUCUCUUUUAGCCACCUCCGCGCGCUGGGGUGUAUCUCAGGCUGUAUUUCUUUUGCCACGGUGACUGUGGUUGUGUCUGUAGAGGGGAAAGUGUCUCCAUUCAUGCAGAAAUGAGGAAGGAGCAAAUAUAGCCAGAGGAGGAGAAAGAUGCCAGUAGAGAGCAGGAGGAAAGGAAAAUAGGGGAGAGGGAAAUGAGAGAAGGAAGGGAAGGAGAGAAGAGAAACGAGGCUGAGGGAGGUGAUGGAGGAAAGAAAAGGGGUAGGUUAUAGAUACCUGGGCCUUCAGGGAUGGAUCAGUGCACGGAACUGGCAUCACAGCUGGGUUUAGGCACUUCCUGCUGGCUGGGCCAUGCCAGGACCCAGGACGCUUGCUGUGGACUUGGUUGGUACUGUUCGGUCCCUGUCCCGUGUGGGUAUUUUUCUGGACUCCUUUGACAAGGUCAUCUGUACCUGGCUCUGUGAGCUUCCCCAUGGCAGUGCCUCCCAGCCAGGGAGCUAAAGGAGAAUCACCCUCCUCAUCUCUUGUCAUGAUGUUGGGACUAUGACAUACAGAGGACCUGUUCUUAUGGCAUCCAACAGAGGGUGGUAUAUGCUGGGUGGGACCCAGCUCUGG